GAAGAAAGACAGCCAUCAUUUAAAGGAAAAAGAGAAACCUAGAGAGGGAUCAAUAAAAGAGUGAUUCAAGGGAGAGAACAGAGGUUGAAGAGGAAGCAAUGGCAACGCCAAAACAGUUAUGGGAGCAGCAGCAAUUGCAGAUGCAGCGUGUCAAUAAGAACUCCGGCGCCAUUGUUAGUUACACCGGUAGUCCGGAUGAUGACAAGGAAGAAGAGAUGUCAAGGUCUGCAUUGGCUAUUUUUCGUGUCAAGGAGGAAGAGAUUGAGAGAAAGAAGUUGGAGGUGAGAGACAAGGUUCAGGCUCAGUUGGGACGAGCUGAAGAAGCAAGUAGGCGCUUAACUGAGAUUCGUGAAGAGCUUGAAGCACUGACAGAUCCCAUGAGAAAGGAAGUUGCAAACAUUCGGAAGAGGAUAGAUUUAGUUAACAGAGAUUUAAAGCCGCUGGGACAGAGCUGCCAGAGGAAGGAAAAGGAAUACAAGGAAGCAGUCGAGGCUUUGAACGAGAAGAACAGAGAAAAAGCUCAGCUACUUUCCAGAUUGAUGGAGCUUGUGGGUGAAAGUGAGAGAUUGAGGAUGAAGAAGCUGGAGGAGCUGAACAAACAUGUCGAAACUCUGCGUUAAGAUGUACUGUGUGCUAAUCAUGUAUUGAAAUGUGUUGUGCAUGUGUGCCUGUAAUUAGAUAUGCGUAUUUUUUUUUUUUUCUUGCAGUUCUGUGAUUUUUCGUUUGUAUAUUUCAUUGGCUGUGUGUUCAUGAAGAAAGGUUUCUUCCACUAUGUACUUCCAAAUCUGGUAGAGUUCUGUAUCUCUGUGUGCU